AUGAAUAUCAAAGAUAGAUCAACAGAGUUUCAACAGAGCGUACUUGUUUGCAAAAAGCGUAAAAAGCUUAAUAUACGAACCCAAGAUGGCAUGAAUGGCCAGGAGCCAAGGCGUGCUAAGUCAUCUGAGUUUCAGACUAAGGCAUCUGCCAUUGCGCAUGAAAUUUCAUCCACAGCACAACUACUCUCAAAGUUGGCCAUUCUUGCGAAAAGAAAGCCUAUGUUUAAUGACAACCCUGUUGAAAUAGCCGAAUUAUCAUUUUUAAUCAAAAGGAAGAUUUAUACUAUUGAGCACAGUUUGGUAGACUUAAGCAAAUAUCAAAGGUCACGGCAGCAGUCACAGACUAGCACACCUGGAGGAGAUUCACAACACUCAAAAAAUGUUGUCACUCUUUUGAAUACAAAGAUGAAGAACAUUUCAGGGAAUUUUAAGGAUGUACUGGAAGAGAGGCAAAAAUUAGAAAUGAGCAACAGGGAACGAUGGGAAAAAAUAUCGGAAAAGCAAGACAGUAGCCUUGAAGACGAAGAGUCAAGCAAUGUCAAUCGAACAACAUACAAUAGCUCGAAUCCGUUUAUGUCUUCUAUGAUAGAAAAUGAUGAAAAUUCUGGUAACAACAAGCAAACUAAUAACGAGCUUUCUUUACCGCAAGACUCGCAAUUGAUGCUAAUGGAAGAGGGUCAGCUCUCCACAAAUCAAUACCUACAAGAACGUAACCGCGCCGUAGAGACAAUUGAAAGUACUAUUCAAGAGGUUGGUAAUCUAUUUCAGCAGUUGGCGUCAAUGGUCCAGGAACAAGGAGAAGUUAUACAAAGGAUUGAUGCCAACGUCGAUGACAUAGAUAUGAAUAUAACGGGUGCACAAAGGGAACUUUUAAAAUAUUUUGAUAGAGUUAAGAGCAAUAGAUGGUUAGCGGUUAAGAUUUUUCUCAUUAUAUUCGUCUUCUUCUUAGUCUGGGUAUUAGUGAAUUAG